AUGGCGGAGACGACUAGCCAGAGCAAAAUCACUCCCGUUGCAGAGGACUGGAACUGGACAGCGCGCAUCCGCAAUGAGCUUGACGCUAAUAAGGCCUGGCAACGCAACUGGGGCUUCCUCCUGGAGCAACCAUGCAGAGCCAAACCGCAGCAACCUAUAGCGUGCAAUGGACAGAUGUCAGCGGAUCCCCACGAUGCUCUGUCAGCCUUCAUGCAGAGCGCAGCCCCGGCCAGCUCCAGCGCCGUGCCUCUCAGUUACAUCGCCUCCAAACAGCGCGACUCAGCACGGGCGCGGCGGCAAAUGCAGCAGCAAGAUGCACUGGACGGCUUCGUCAGUAGCUAUAUGGCUAAGGCUUCUCCAAUGGCGCGUGAGCUGCCUACAAAGGAGUUCCGAAAACCUCUUACCACCAGCCACGAGUACGGCUGGGGAAGGAACUUGGAGGUGUUCGGGAGAAUGACGCUUUUGCUCAAAUAG